CCGAGGUGUGGGGCUCUUGGGAGGCUCCGGCAGCGGCCAGGAAGGAGGCAGCGGGGCUGUGAAGGGUUCUGGCUGCCGCGCACGCAGGCUGAGGUUCCCCAGGACGCCGCGAAGCACGGCGCAGUUACCGCGGGCGGAGCGGCGGGCGCGGCCGGCUUUGGCGGGGCCGCCGUUGCCUGGUAGCGGCAGGCUCGGCUUUCCCCUCCCCGUUGCUCCGUUGUCGGCCGCUGCGCGGAGAUGAAGGCCACCGACUGGUGCCUGAGCUCCGCGGGGGCUGCCGUCGUCCUGGCUACCUCCAGCGACGAGCAGCACCCUGCCGAGAACAUGGCGGACGGAAGUUCAGAAACGUUUUGGACAACGACAGGCAUGUUCCCCCAGGAAUUCAUUAUUGGUUUUCCUGAGUGCGUAACAAUCAGCAAAGUGGCAAUCCAGUGUUAUUUGGUGCGGACCUUAAGAAUUGAAAGAAGUGUGUCCAAAGACCCAGUAGAUUUUGAGCAAUGCAUUGAAAAAGAUUUGCAACACACAGAAGGACAGCUUCAAAUGGAAGAAUUUCCACUUCCUGAUUCCCAAGCCACUUACUUGCGUUUCAUCAUCAAAUCUGGCUUUGAUCAUUUUGUGUCAGUGCACCGGGUGAUGGCAGAGGGCACAGCAGGCAACACUUAAAUCCAGCUUCAAUUUGUAUGUCACUUU